GCCCAACUUACUCCCCCGUCUUCCCAUUUCUCCUAACCUCUUUUUUUUUCCCUUCCUAUUGUCACUCUCCAGGCCGGCGAUGGCGCCGCCGCGGAAGGCAACGAGCGGGGGAGGCCGUCGGCGGCGGCCGGAGCUGCUUGGCGGCGCAGGAGGGAGCUGAGACCGGCCUGAACGAGCUCGCUCGCCCGCGCGGCCGGGUUCGCAGCACAGAUCCUCAGCAACGAACGGAGCAGCCUCUCGCGCCAGCCCGCGGUUACGGAGACCUUGGGAUUCGCUAUAUUCUUCUAAGCUUUUAUAUAUUGUAGUAGCAGAGCAGCAAGCUUUUCUUAUUGAUUCGCUGUAUUCUUGCAGCUAACGGUGAUCUUUACUAUUAAAUAUAUUGCUCUAAUGUGCAUGUGAUCCGGAAUCGGCAUGAUUCUGAAUAUCUCAUUAUUAAUCAUCUUGAAUUGCUUUGCUGUUCUUGUUUUGAGGGCAGUAUUACUUUGCUGUUAGUCCUGUAUUAAUGCAUUGAUCGUCUUGGAUUUUUGUAGCUUACGGUGGUCUUUACUAGUAGUAAAACUUGCUCAAAUCUGGCAAAUGCUGGGCACAACUCUCAUCAUUAAUCAUCUAUUCAUCUUGGAUUUUUAAUCCAUUCAUCCAUGGCUAUGGAAAUCCCUGAUGACUUUUAGACCGGCUCACCGGCCUCCUUUUGGGUCUCUGCAUAUAUAGUGGAUACAGAUGCUUAUAGCACUACGCACUACAAGUCUGAAGCAGCGAUAUAUCCGGAUUCCUGAAUUCCUGAUGCAGUAGUUUCAGGGCUUUUCUCUGAUCUGCAUCACCAUCAGCUCGUAGAACUUCUGUUCUGUGUGCAAAGUUCACAUGUAUGGCUGGACAAGGUUCCCAAAAGAAGAAAUCUUGUGAUUGGUCCAAAAGAUAUGUGGACCAUUUGAAUGGAAAGAUGAAGUGCUUCCACCUGCAAAUGAGUGCUAAUUUUGGGCAUAGCAUGACCAUACCAAACAAGUUCUUGGACCAUUUUGGUGGGACGUUGUCAAGAACCAUUGAACUAGUAUCCCCCAAGGGUAUUGUGUAUAUUGUCAAAGUCACCGAGCACAUGAAUAAGACAAUCCUACAGUGCGGAUGGGAGGCAUUUGUAGAUGCCCAUCACAUAGAAGAGAAUGACUCCUUAUUGUUCCGUCACAUUGAGAAUUCCCGCUUUGAGGUUCUGAUCCUUGAUUCUGAUGGUUGUGAGAAAGUCUUUACCUGUGCUGGCAUAAAAAAGACUUCUAGUGUUCAAGAAAGAAAUGCAGCUCCAGUUGAUAUUUCAAGGAGCACUCAUGAUGAAACCACACAAUCAUCAGGGAGUAAAAAAUUUGUUAGAUGCCAAAGGGCUAGUGACAGUCAGCGUGGAAAAACUGCAAAAUUGGCAGAAACAUCUUCGUCUGGGGAAUCAGGAGAGGAGGGCACUGACAGCAGUACUUCUGAAGAUGAGUCAUCCUAUGAGCUAGAUGAUCCUCAGAUGCCUCCAGGACGUAAUUAUGUCUUAUCGCGUUGGACUAGUCUAUCUGAAGCACAGGAAGAAAAAGUAGAUAUGCUUGUCCAGGACAUUCAACCUGAAAUUCCUGUAUUUGUGGCUAUCAUGAAGCAUAGCAAUGUUAACUCACGUCGUGCUUGUCUUGUAAUUCCUAAGCGCUAUGCAUCUGCACACUUCCCACUUGAAAGUCAAACCAUCACACUUCAGCGGCAAGGCAAGAACAAGAAGUGGUAUCCCAUGUUUUACAUUAGGAAAGAUGGAUCUGGAUACAUGCUUUAUGGGUGUUGGAAAAACUUUGUUCGUGACAACCAUGUGAAGGAGGGAGACAUGUGCAUCUUUCACCUAACAAAGUUUACUGGGGGGGAAUUCGGAGCAACAGUCCAUCUACUCCGUGAAACAAAAUCUGGUUCCUUAGGUUCAUUCCAUACUAGUCAUAAAAGGUUUGACUUAAGGGAUGGCAGAACGUGGCCGAAAGUGACUGGUGUUAGAAGAGUAAGUUCUAGGCCUUACCUGACAGCAGACAGAGUUUCUCUGACUGAAGAACAGGUCAGGAAAGUGGAAGAAGUUGUUCACUCCAUUCAAUCUGAAGGUCCCAUGUAUGUGUCAAUAAUGAACAAGAGCAAUGUUGGUACCGAUGGGCUCUACAUCAUUAUCUUUGGCAGGCAAUUCGCGACAAGGUACCUCCCGGAAGGGGAGCAAACUUUGACGCUUCUGAUGACGGGGAAGAGCAAUGCAUGGCAGGUCAAGAUGCGCCCUCGGAGCGGCGAUGCGCAGAUGAUCACCACAGGCUGGCGCCAUUUUGUCCAUGACAACCAUCUGCAAAUUGAAGACAUCUGCCUCUUCCAGCUGAUGAAUGAUGAGAGUAAGCUUACCAUGACAGUCCAUAUCAUUCGUCGCAACGAGAAGAGCUAGUUUCCCUCUGGUGGCACUUCCAUGAGAAGCGUUGGCUUUUAUUCUAGUACUUUAUUUAUGUAAGCUUUUGCUGGAGUAGUGGAUUUGAAUUCUGAAAAUUGUGGUUAUGCAAUACUAAUUAUUAAGAGUUAGCUACUUUUAAACAACCUCGCUGAUGGUACUUGUCCUACUUGCGACCGCUAGAGGGUAGCAUUGCAAAUUUCUAAAUUUAGUAUAUAAAAUUAAUUUGCGCCUUGCUCAUCA